AUGACGCUAAAAGACCGCACAGCCGAAUUCCUCUCCGCCGUCGAGUCCAUCCAAUCCCGGUCCGGCGGCCCCGGCAGCAUCCUGCCCGCCGACCGACACGCCCUGCUCUCCCCCACCCGCUCCCCCCGGCACGCCCAACCCCCCCAAUCCAAGUCCGAAUUCGCGCGCGCCGCCGCCUCCAUCGGCCGCGACAUCAACUCCACCGUCACAAAACUCCAAAAACUCGCCCGUCUCGCCAAACGCAAAACACUCUUCGACGACCGACCUGUCGAGAUCAACGAGCUGAUAUAUAUCAUCAAGCAGGAUAUCGCCAAAAUCAACCAGCAGAUUGCGCAGUUGUCGGGAUGGAUGCGGAAACAUGGCGGGCCGAACGCCGGGAAUGCGAAUACGGGGAGUAGUCCAACGGCACUCGCAUCACAAGCGAAUAACAACAAACAGGUCCGCGAACACUCGACGAUCGUCAUCUCCUCAUUGCAGAGCAAGCUCGCCUCCACGUCCAACGAAUUCAAGAACAUUCUCGAGAUCCGGACGGAGAAUAUGAAGGAGCAGAAGAAUAGGAGGGAUCAGUACUCCUCCUUCCCGGCCGCCGGGGCAGCAGCUACAAACGGGGGCGGGAUAAUGGGCGGACCACCACCACAAGGCGGGAUAAUGAACAUGGGCGCCUCCCCGCUCGACUCCUCCCCGCUGUACAACCCCUCCCGUCGCCCCACAACCCCCUCCAACGGCGACGGCGCAGUCAUCAUCGACCUCUCCUCCAACCAACAACUCCAACAACAAUCCCUCAUCCCGGCCCCUUCAUCCACCCUCAACAUGGAACUUAUCGAAUCACGCUCGCAGGCCAUCGAAUCCAUCGAAUCCACCAUCGCGGAACUCGGGCAGAUCUACCAGAAUUUCGCCUCAAUGGUCGCCACACAGCGCGAAAUGGUGCAGCGGAUCGAUGAGAAUGUGCUGGAUAUCGAGAUGAAUGUGGAGGGGGCUCAUAGUCAGUUGUUGAAAUAUUACCAGGGGAUCAGUAGUAAUCGCUGGUUGAUGAUGAAGGUGUUUGCGGUGUUGAUUGUGUUUUUUAUGAUGUUUGUGCUGGUUACGUAG